AUGUUUUUCAAGUCCCUCGUUCUUCCAGCACUCUUCACUAUCGUGAGAGCAGCUGAAGAUGGUGUCCGUUACGAAACCCGUACUGCUACCGUCACACAAUGCUUCACUCGCGAUGCUCUAGCUGCACCUACUCCCGUGGUAAUUGGCGCCACAGCUAUCGUCUACGAACCAGCUGUCACCGGAGGACCCAUUAUUGUCGAGGUCGAUGCCCCCAACUGCGACUCCUGUGGCUGCCCGACAUGUGUACAUACGGUUGAGUACACUACCAAGUUCCAGUGCUUCUGCUCUACUGGUCUUUGCGACCAGGAGUAUUCCAUCAAGGAGAAGUAUAAGGGUAUGAAGGACAAACCGGCUAUGGACUCACACUCGAUUCCAGUUGGGUUCACAUGUGAUGUACAAACUUGCACUACUUGUGGUCCUGAGCCCAUUACUGCCACUAUCACGUACCCCGUGAAGGAUCGUCCUUAUAUGAACAGUAUUGCGCAUCCGACUGCGGUGCCGUCUUCUGGCAGCAAGGGCAAUGACUACAAGCACGAAGAUAACAAUAACAACAAGGGCGACGACUAUGGUAACGGUGCCAAGCCUGUCAACGAACCCAACUACCCGGAUACUCCUGUCCCUGCCAAGAAGCCUGAGGGAGAACCCAUGCCGGUGCCCAAGCCUAAUGAGAGCAAUGGCUUCCACUCAAGUGUCAAGCCCACCUCUGGAUCUGAUGCUCAAGAGAGUGGUUAUCCUGGAGCUGGAGAUGAGCACCCUGUCAUUGUAUCAGGAGCUGAAGGCCGAGAGGUUGGAAUUGUUGGUGUGGGAGUGGCUGUUGUUAUGGUUCUACUUUCUCUUUAA